UGACAACCUCUCGCUGGGGCGUGUUUCCUGCGCCCGCCCGCGGCUUUUCCUUCUGCCCUUUCCAUAGGGCGAGGCGGGACCCUGGGGCCGAGCGAGGAGCCUUUGCCCCGCCUUCCCUUCCCGCUUCAGGAGACUCGCAGGUCGGAGCUGUCAUUGGGGCAAAGGGACUUCAUCUAUGGCAUGAAGAUCAAUCAAGAGAAGGUGAAGAUGUGGACUGCAGUUGUUAAAUAUUUAUUAAGGCUGAAAGUCCAUCAAGAUUAUUCUCGAACUCUGCUACAAGCACAAAAGGCCAAGUUCAGUCAUCUAAGGCAUUUCUCUCUGAGCAGGAGGCCUUGGCAACAUUCAUCGGGGAUAGCACAAGCAGUUCAGACCUUUGACAUGAGUGCAGCCAUCAAGAAGGUUGAAAUUCUGGAAGCAAAUCAGUUUAUUUGCAUUCAUUGGGAAGAUGGGAGUAAAAGCCUUUACCCUUCUGUGUGGCUACGAGACAACUGCCAGUGCCCUGACUGCUAUUUACACUCUGCUAAAGCACGCAAACUGCUUCUUGAAAAUCUAGAUGUUGAUAUUGAGGCAAAGGAUAUUGGUGUGACAGAAAGUAAAAAGGUGCACAUUAUAUGGCCAGAUGACCAUACCAGUGAAUUUGAGGCUGAAUGGCUGAAAAAAAGAUGUUUUUCUGAACAAGCAAGAGCAAAAGUCCAAGAAGAGUUGUUUUUACCAGAUCGUCAGUGUUGGGGUUCUGAUCUUCACCUUCCAACAAUGGCCUUUGAAGAGGUCCUGCAUAGUGACACAAGUGCAUAUAAAUGGUUGACCACCCUUAAAAAGAUGGGAAUCGUACUGCUAACAGGAGCUGCUAGUAGACAGGGAGAGCUGCUUAAACUAGGGCAACGAAUUGGAUUCCUCCGCCUGACAUUUUACGGGCCUACUUGGCAAGUCCAGGACAAAGCAGAUGCUAACAACGUGGCGUAUACCACUGAGAAGCUAAGUUUUCACACCGACUAUCCUGUUCUUCAAUUUCCACCUGGGAUUCAGUUGCUGCAUUGUAUAAAACAAACUCCUGCUGGAGGCGAGAGUGAAGUUGUGGAUGGAUUUCAUGUAGCAAAUAAGCUUAAGGAACUAAAUCCUCAAGCCUUCAAAAUCCUGACCUCCACCUUUGUAAAUUUCACAGAUGUUGGAGUUGAUUACUGUGAUUUCUCCAUGGAAUCCAAGCAAAGAAUUAUAAAUAUAGAUGAAAAGGGCCAAGUGAUUCGUAUCAACCUUAAUAAUGCAACCAGAGACACUAUAUUUGACGUACCUGCUGAAAAAGUAAAGCCAUUUUACGCUGCUCUCAAGGAUUAUGUUGAUCUCUUGAACAGUACAGAUAACAAAUAUACCUACAAAAUGAAACCAGGUGAAAUAGUGGUGUUUGACAACUGGCGCUUACUUCAUGGUCGGCAGAGCUAUCAGUCCGGAAUAGAAAUAUCUCGUCACCUCGAAGGUGCCUAUGCAGAUUGGGAUGUGGUCAUGUCACGACUCCGAAUUCUGCAGAAGAAUGUUCUGAACAGAAAGCAAUUGUGAAGGUUGGGCUACUGGAGCUUUUCAGCCUGUUUGGGGGGGGUGGGGUGGUUCUUCCACAAAUGCCAGUGAAUCAAGUAUGAUUCCAGUGAUUUGGGGAAAAUUUCUGGCUGACAUUAUUGUAUCUGUUCUAUUGAAAACUUGACUGAUUCUGAUUAACACUGGUUUAUAACCACAGUACCAUGUAGAUGUUCUUUCAUACUGACUAAUAAAUUAACAACUUCCUAGUUUUCAGGGAGUUGUGGCCAAUAAAGCUAUAAACCUUAGCAUCCAGUUGAAGAGCUGUGCUUUCACAGGCACGGUGGCAAAUAAGUCAAAGCAACUGGGCAUUUUUGCUCCCUAUUUAGUCCAAUAUUCUUUUUUAAUUCCUGAUAGAAGGAAUGUUUAACCUUUCAGAUUUUGAAUUACAGGUAUUGUUAUUUUUUGUUUUAAAUUGACUUUAUUGUACACCACACUGAAAUCAUUGGAUAUAGGACAAGAUAUUAAAAACUAAUCAAUUUUUAAAUAGCUAAACUUCCUAUCACCCCUCAUCGUUGAGUUGAGUCUGCUGACUAGGUCUGAAGGGAGUUGUAGGCCGACACUGGGAAGGCUACAUUCCCCACUGCACCCUAUUUCAAGGUUGUAUUGCUUGUUUUCUGGAAAUAAGGACAUUUUGUCAGCCUUUGGGGAAAAUACUGAUCUUUUUACUGUUCCUCUAUGUGUUUGUAUGGUUUUAUGCUUUUAAAAUAUUUUACUUCUGGUUUUAUUGUUGUCAUUUAUUUUACCAGUGUUAUUUCUUGGAUUAUAUUUGAAGACCUUUCCCAAAUUGGUGGUUUCCUGAUGUUUGAGACCACAACUCCCAUCAGGUCUAGCUAACAUGGCCUAUGAAGAAUCAUGGGAGUUAAAAACAUUUGGAGGACAACAGGUUAAGGAUAACUGUUUCACUUAUUCUGUUUUGCUAUUUAUUAUUACGUCAAGCUGCCACGUGGAUAAAAAUGAUAAAAUCAGCAUUGUAAUGGUAACAACAAUAUUUAGAAAAUCCUUCUUUACAUUUUUAAAAUGGCAUGUGUGAAUAUUCCCAUCUAUUCUAUAUCUUCUAGAAAAGUAAAGAAUAAUGUAAAAAAAACAAGCACUUUUUAAAAAACAAAAUGAAAUCUACAUAAAUGUACAACAAAUAAAUCACAUACUGUGCAAAAGAAAUGCAUGGCUUCUAUUGGUCUGCCUAGAUAGAAAACCUAAUUGUAUAGUAUAGAAUCUGAAAUACUUUUCUUGUGGGUAUCCUAUUGAUGAUCCUUAGGUUGAAAUCCUAUACUUCAGAAAUGAGAGAGAGUCUUUCAGAUGUUUUGGGAGUACACUUUCUAGCAACCCUAGCCACCACAACAAGUGCCAAGGAAUACUGUAGUUGUAGUCCAUCAACAUCUGGGCAACCACUUGAUUCCUGCUAGGGAAUUCUCCCAAAAAAUAGCAGAGCAUCCAAAAAAUAUAAACAGGAUACUUAAUUGAGCAGUCAGCUCACAGCAAGCAGAAGGUGAAGUAUUGUGGCUGUAAAAGAAUUCUUGAGCUUAUGAGGCAAAGAUGCAGAGUUCAAUCUUUAAAGUUUCAAAAAGUUUAUUUAAAAAAUAUAAGAAUUGCAUUUCUUGAUAGAAAAGAAUUGAGUCUAAGCUUCUCUCUAACUCCAUUAUUUCUAAGUUUCAAAAAGAGGAAAAACUCUCCAAACAUUACAUUUCUUCAAACACACAAAGUAGAAAGAGGUCUGUAUGCAAAGGCAGAAAAAGGUAGAACUGAAACCAUUCGGUUUCAGUUAGAAAGUGGGAGGAGAAAAACAGAGAACAAAUGGAUACAUUAACAGACAUUCACGAGCCUGUGAGAAAGGGGUUCCCUCAGCCUAGCUUAGUGCUAACUGUUCCUUAUUGAGGACUGCAGACUUCAGCAGUGUGGGGUUGACUUCCAACAAUUCCCACUUCUUCAUACACAUUAAGUGGGAAUAAGUUGUACUGAAUUUUGUUAAUUCUGAUUACAAUGGUUCUGAACCUUCCUAAAGCCGUGACCCCUUAAUACAGUUCCUCAUGUGGUGGUGACCCCUAACCAUAAAAUUAUUUUUGUUGCUACUUCACAAUUGUAAUUUUGCUACUGUUAUGAAUCGUAAUGUAAAUAUCUGAUAUGGAGGAUGUAUUUUCAUUCACAGGAUGAAAUUUGGCACAAAUACCCAAUAUGGCCAAAUUUGAAUACUGGUGGGGAUGGGGGGGGGCGUUAAUUUUGUCAUUUGGGAGUUGUAGUUGUUGGGAUUUAUAGUUAACCUACAAUCAAAGACCAUUCUGAACCCCACCAAUGAUAGAAUUGAGCCAAACCUCCCACACAGAACCCCCUUAACCAACAGAAAAUACUGUGUUUUCUGAUGGUCUUUGGCGACCCCUCUAACACCCCCCUCGUGACCCCCAGGUUGAGAAAUGCUGGAUUAGAUCUUCACACUUUCAAGUCAAGAUUGUGCCCUUCAAGUACUGUUGAACUGUAAUUCCCAACAUUCUUCACUGUUGUCUCGGUUUUUGUGGGGGUUGAAUUUGGUUGAGCAAAAGAGGUUCUCUUGGCAUCGUAAGUGAUAUUGUAGGAUAUAAAAUGAAGUGGGGCAUUUAUAAGUGGUACCUUUUUCACACUAAAAAAGUAGAUGAAACCUUCUUCUUUGAACUUUUACCACUGAUAAGUUUAAUGGUUGUGUUGACAGUAGGAGAGCAUUUUCACUCAGCCUUAUUCAAUAUGAAGCUGAAAGUCAAUUGCUAUCCCCCAAGUACCAGUGCUACACUUCUCCAAUUAGUCUCAAUAAUUUAUUUAGUUGAAAUGUUUUUGCCCAGUUCUUCAGGCAAGAGGUCUCUGAACAUGGCUUACAUAUGUUCUAUAAAAAGAAAUGCUGUUCUUUAAUCUUCAAUCAGCUACUUAUUGGAGAAAAGUGUUUCUCUCCUGGUUACCGCUGUGAGAAGCUCUUUCAUGGAAAAUUUGUCCCAUGCUGCUGAUCUGCAUGCAUUACCUGAAGAGAAGAACUAGCAAGAUGAUAUGCACAUGUGUGAAUCAUGUAGAUAAAUUCUGUCUGGGAGGAUUAGCAUCUGUGUAGGAAUGAUGUGUUACGUGUAUACAUGUCUCUGUGUUUAGAGUAACAACACCCUCUGCUGGUAUGCAGCCACUGGGAAGUUUCUCAAAUGGUGAGCCAAAAAGAAAAAGAUCUCUCAUUGCUGUAGUAAGCCAGUCCAGUGAGAAAAUCUUCUAUGGGUAAUCUUCAGUAUACAUCCCCCCCCCCCCCCCCCCGGUUCAUCAAGUUGAAUUGGCAGGCAGGAGUUGUAUUAGAACCUAGACUGAGAAUGUAGGCUAGUUUCUGAGAAAUAUUAAAUAGUGCCUUUCUCUUCCUGCUUUGAAUUUUGGCACCACAUGAGAGUCUGAUGUAAUACAGCAGAAGCUGAUGUGACAUUUUGUCAACACUGGCUUUUAAUUGCUACUUGAUCCUUUAAUGCUUCCUUUCUUUUCUGUCCAAGAAGUUGAACAUUUCAGAUGGUUGUGUAUUAAACCUGAAAUCCAAUGGUCUUACUCAUUUAACUUUGAGUCCAGAUUCUUAUGUUUACUAUGCGGGUGCUUUCUAUCAAAAUCCUUCCGUCUGAUACAGCCACUUCAUUCUGGAAAACAUUUUCUCCUUUUAACUCUGGAGAAUUCUGAGAACUAUUUUGUUUCAUGUGUUCAUGCAUUAAUAAAAUCCAGAUUGGAACCAA